GAUACCCACUAUGAGUUUGUGAAGGUCCACAAAUUGAACUUGCAGAUUGUUGCAGGAUUUAUGUUUUACAUUACUUUUGAGGCCACGGUUGUUGCUCCAGCCGACGGUUGUAGUCUUUUCCAGAAUGGAGGACAGAGAAGUCAAUUUUUGUAG